ACACAUACUCGCAUUUUACUUUUAAAAAUUGAACUAUACUACAUCGUAUAUAUAUUGAACUUUACAUGACCUUGCCUUUGUUUGAUAACAACGUCAUUUAUGUGGAUUUUAUCAUUUUUAUUACAUAGGACAGGGAAUAUUCAACCUGUUUAAAAACUAUACGUUUUUUGUGACGAUGUUUAUAUAUUUGAUACAAUGUCAGUGCGUUGUAAUUUCAAUACCGGUUUACAAAAAAUGUAAUGAUGAAUGCAGUCGACCCAAAAUGUAAACCAUGGGCGACAGCAAAAGAAGAACUACGAAUUCUAUCAGAUGAAAAUACUAGCCCAAGACGAAGCGACCAUUCGUUGUGUUUAAACCAUGGCUUCCACCAACAAGCGACCUAUGCAUUCAACGAUCCGAUUAGGUGUCUUGCUUUUAGAAGUAAUUCUGUGAGGGAGGAGUUUUUGAUUAACCAUGGAACAGGACCUGGGAAUGUUUUACACCUUCGCAUGUUUUCUAAAGGAGGGGAGACAAGCACAGAUGGUGGAACUAAUUCAUUAUACAAAGAAGCUGAAAGUUAUACAAACCGAUUUCCAAUUUCUUGCCCCCCCUUACAGCACAUUGUAUGGGUCCCAAAACACAGGCUAUUUGUGGGAAUUAGUAGUGAUAAAAACCUCAGAGUUUUUUCGGACACUAUACACCGAUGCCAGGUGAUUUCUGCCCCCACAGUUUGUGCAAUGCCUGUUAUUUCUAUGGUUUAUCUUCCGGAAACUGACGAGGUGGUGACAGGAGGCAUCGGUGUAAUACAACCAUGGAAAAUUCGAAUAUCUACUGGAUUGAAAUCAACACCAGUUGAAGGAGAUGAUGUGAUUAAACCUAAGCGCAAAUCAAGUGUUGAUUUGAAUGGAAUGCCCCAAGCAAGCGAUAAUACAAGUUAUGGACAUGGUCUACAGAUGCUACAGGCAGUUGCUCCUUAUUCAUGUGAUAUUCGUCGUGAUGACUGGGUGCAUCAUAUGAGAGUGUAUCAUGGUCGUGGGGUUGUUGAUAAACGACCAUUGUUGGUUGCAGUAUGCCAUGAUGCUGUGAUUGCAAUAAAUUAUCUAAAUAAGAAGCAAAUAUGGGUUGUGAGACUUAACAAUCCAGGAAUCACAAUUUCUCAACCAGAAAAAUUGAAAAAGAAAGAAAAAAAGAGUCUCUUGUCAUUUGAGCAUCGUAUGGAAGGUAGCCACUACAGCAAAGGAUAUGUGGUCCAUGGUCAUGUUUCAUUGACCAGAUGUGAAUUCUUUCCAAGGUUUGGUUACUUUAUAUCCGGUGGUGCGGAAGGCUCCAUAAGGAUCAUGCACAUGGUCAACUUUGGUUUGGUGACAAUAUUACGUGGACAUAGAGGUUCUAUAACAGGAUUGGUUGCACAUAGACAUCAUCCGUUGCUCAUUAGCGCCUCUACUGACGGAUCAAUAAGAAUGUGGUGUCUUGAGACUUUUAAAUUAACGCAACGAUUGGACACUGGACAGAAAAUUGAAAACUUAUGUCUCAGUAAUGAUUCCAACAUUAUUUACUAUCACAGUAAACAGAAGAUUUCUUUAUAUCGUCUCACCAACAUUUAUUCCCUCUUUUCUGUCUUACAUUCAUCCGCAACUAAACUUAUGCGCGUGGAGGGAAAUCCCAAGCUGGGAAUUCCCGGUAAGGUGCUUGCUGCGUUGGAAGAUGGAUCGGUGGCGGUACUUUCCCCAAUCACAGGACUUUUAUUAACCAUGAUUUAUCCAAUGACAUCUUUCCAGGUGUUAACAGACAUUGCUUACGAUGUUUUACAAAACCUUGCUUACAUAAAGCUGCAAAGUGGUUCAGUAAUGCAAUGUGAAUGUUCCACAAACCCAUGUUGUCCCAUGAAAAUAUAUUCCCCAUGUAUUCAAUAUGAUGAUGAUGUCAGUAGUUUGACUUCAGUUUGCAUCAGAAUUAAGCAGCAUUGCUCAAUGAAUGCUGUGUUCGCUGGGCUCAGGAAUGGACAGAUUUCACUUUUACACCCAAACACAUUACACAUGCCAACACUGCAGGCACAUAAUGGAUUUGUUCGAUUCAUUGAAAGCAUUGCAAGAGAUGACUCAGUGGGUAUACAAGAAGAACCAUGGUGUACAGAUGUUCUUGUUAGUGUUGGAUUAAGCAGUGUUCGUACGUGGAUCGUUGAUAUUCAAGCUUCAAACAGUAACAAUCACAUUGAAUGGUUCCUCCACUUACAACCUCAACAUAAGGUGCAACUUCCACCACUGAUGUUGAAACCUGUGCUGCUUACUGUGCUCAAAAAUCGACUUUGUGUUUCGACGAAUGAAAAUCAGAUUCUUGUUUUAUCGCUGUCACAAUCUCCAUCAGGAGAGGUGAAUGCUGCUGCAAAACAAAAGAAUGAAGUUGGAUCGCUUACCGACGACCAGACAUUGUUAAAACUCCACCAUACAGAUGAUGAUCACGUCACCAGAAUAACAGCUUUACAAAGCUCAAUAAAACUUAAUUGUUUUGCAAGUUCAAGUGAGGAUGGUUAUGUUAAGAUAUGGGACGAGGAAAACAGAUUGCUACGCGAGAUGUGUUUCACCCCACAUCAUGUUACAGCUCUCUGUUUUGUUAAUGGUCGUGACCUCCUUGUAGCUUUGGGUGGCAAAAUAUGUUUGGUUGACUGCACAACAUACUUGACUAGGAACCUGAUACAAGAGAGGGAUUUGCUUCAAGUUCAGUUUCACGACGAUCAGGUUGAAUCAGCAAUUCCUUAUGAUGAUAAUAUCAAGGCGGUCUUCAAAAUUGAAGACCUUCCAGUUGUUCCACUGGAGGCGCUACAGAGGGUGCUUAUGUCUGAUAUAGAAACAGACAGUGUGACGCGACAAUUGAUCAUUGAUGGAAUGAGAAAACCUCGACGGCAGAUGGAGGGGACUGGCUUGGUGAAACCAAAGCUCCAAAAGAUCAUGCUAGCGUUCAGAAAAGCAAAAGAAAAAGAUGCGUUGGAGAUGAAAGAGAAGGAGAAAAACAUUGCGUGCGAGAAGGCAGCUGGCAAAGACGAGAAAUCAGAAAACAUUCGAAGUUCUGGAGAGAAAAUUUGUAUGGGGGUUACAGUGAUGGAUGCUGAGGUGACAGAUAGAGAAGCAUCCUUGAAUGCAUUGGUAGAUCAUAAGGGAGAUGAAAUCAUUGAAACUCAUACAGAGUUUAAAACUGAAGUUACUGAACCUACACAGUUAUUGAAUGAAGUGGAAAACAUUGGUGGUGGAACUUGUUUAGUUGAGGAUAAGAAAAUACCAAUUGCACCGGACGGGUAUAUUCCAAAUUCAGUGGUUCGUCAAUUUGUUCGUCCUCCUACUCCCGAGUUUACGACCAUGGAUGAAUGGAAGUUGAAAGCUCUUCCUCCUUGCGCCCCGCCUCCAGAAGAGGAGUCUGUUUCUUCUGAAUGUUAUCAUGAAUCAGAAUCCACCUCCAUUCAUCUGGACCUAGAUUUCAGCGUCUCGUUUUCGGAUGUUUUGUCUUUGGAUGACCCGAGUGCGGCCAGCUCAAGUGAAGAAGAGCAUUUAGGAGGAGGAAAUCUACCAUCUCUUGCUCGCAAAGGAGGAGGGAAGGAUGCAGCAACAAAAAAGAUUAUGUUUUUUGAGGGAAUUCAACAAAGAACAGACGUUUUUGAAGAUGAGCGGCAACCUGCUGUGCGAUUCAGAGAAAAUCAAAAUUUUGCAGGAAAAAGUAAAACAACUGGAGUACCAACCAGGACUUCAAGGUCUGAUUUGUCAGCAAAUGUUCGCUCGUCUGAAGUUCAACAAAUUGUCUCCGCUAAUCUGAACUCAAGAUCCGCUGCAAAUAAACAGAUAGCAAUGAAAGAGAAAUUGAUGCAGCAACGAUCUGCAGCCGUGGAGAAAGCAAAGUUAAAUGCGGUCAAAAUUCACCCACUUUUAAAGUCAAUCACAUCUGCUCCAUGGUUCCGUAAAAAACUUGACGUGAUAUCACCCGAUACUGUAGUUCAUGCUUUACUUGAGGUGGGUGACACCGUGAGGGUUUUCGCUCACGAAAAAUCCUGUGAAAAUCUACUGUCCAUUGUCCAGGAGUUUGACAUCAAAGAAAGUGGUGGCAAAGAGCACCUUUCCCCCGAGUGCCUCACCAAGAUUCAAACUUUCAUUUCCAAGUUUCUCCGGCCAUCAUAUGAAAAAGAUAAUGAAAUUGCUAAUCACGUGAAUCGCAUACCACUUGUUCAUAAUGCAUUAGAUGCCGUUAUAUCUGGUGUACCAUCCAACUCAGACAUACAGCGUGAAUUAUAUCGUUUGAUAGCAGAUGAUGAUGAAGGUGUGAGAGAAAAAGUUAAACUCAUAUUGGAGGUGAAAUUCGGAAUUAAUUCAUGGGACAAAUUAAAGGAAGAACUGAGUGUGCUAGCUGGUGGACAGGUCGUUCAAAGUUCUGAAGAUUUGUUUCAAAUGAAUCAACAAGUGUUAGACAACAUGGAAGAACGACUUAAAAAGGGGUCAGUAACAUUGGCGGCAGCACCACUGGUAGCUGACAAAUUCGGUCUUGAAAUUAUACCAGAUCUUGUCAGUGAGACAUCAUUCCUUACACUGAAUCGCCACAGAAGCUCAAGCAUUUUCUCGCAGCAAAUAAAAUCUCAGUCUUCAGUUAAGGGAGUAAAUUCAAAAGUGAAAAGUUUAGACAAGAUGACACAAAGGUCUGUUCAGUUUAAAUAUGCACGGAAGCAAAGUAACAAGCAAUCUGCAAUUGUUGAUUUGAACAACUUUCCAAUGCCAACAUAUGAUGAACCCCAACCCCCUACCACUAAACCUGAGAUACCAUGGAGAAAAUCAAUACCAAAGAAAUCUCUCAAAAGACGGAAAAUGGCCGGACUAAUUCGAAUGAUGACUCCUGCUGCUCCUACUUCUGUGCCGAGAAGAUCCUCUAUUCGAGAGACGAGGAGUAAUUUUACUUUGAAAAGCUUGUCAAGUGCUGAUCCACCAAGUGAGUCUGGAGACUCAAUCAAAGAAAAGAUGCCAUUUCAAUUUAUUCUUCCCCCAAUACCACAGAAAACUUUCAACCCAGAUAUUUUUGUUGAUCAACCGAAAAAGACGAAACAAAAAUCGGCUGCCAGAGAGCAUGUUGCUUUACCAAAGAUUGCGCAACAAAAAUUGCCCAAGUUUCACCAAAGUAAAACUAAAACAGAUGCCAUUAGUGCACUAGCGAUGUCUGCAACAAGAUUAAGAAGUGAAGUUGGUAGUGAUGAUUUUCUAAAUGUAAUUUUGCCAGAACCAAGUGGUAUUUCAGAACAUGCCCUCUCAGAAGUUGAUGUUGGAUCCGAAAAACUUGAAAACGAGAACUUGACUACGUCCAAUCUUAUGCAAAUAGAGGAUUCAACAACAGAAGAGAUUUCAUUUCUAGAUGAACAGCUCAAUCCACCUUCCACCUCUGGUAUCUUCUCAGAGGAACAAGUAUAUAAAAUCAUAGACAGUUCUAGCUCAGAUGUUGAGUUUAAAACACAGAGUUCAGUGACGAGUGUUGAACAACAAGAUCAUGUUUUGACGAUGAUGGAUAAUUGGCCUAGUGUAGCUGAAGAAAAAUCAGAAUGUUUAAAAGAUAGUUUUGUGCAUUUACCAAAUAUUGGUGAAGUUGGUGAUUCUGGAUUCGUUGAAUCCGAUGCCAAAUCUGUUAAAAAUAAAAGACAAAGCAACAUUAAAGGUGAAAGUUGGAACUGGAGACAAUCCAUUCAGAGACUAAAGGAAAUACGAAGUGGUAAAACCAAAGACAAGUUUGCUGUGAAGUUAGUGGAGGCACAACAGCCACAAGAAAAUAAAACAAAUCAUCUGCUGUUACAGACAUCUCUUCCACCGGGUGAAAGAGUGGUUUCUAAUUUCAUUGUUACCAAACAAAGUCUCAAUGAUAAACCAAUAUAUAUAUGUCCCUUGCCUGCUAGGACUGGUGCACAUGCAUGCGCCAAAACUGAAGGAGAUUGCAGUUACGGAAUUGUGCAACUUCGGUGGCAAAAUGGUUUGUCAAAACAAGCGUCACCUUCCCGGAAAUCGACACCAAUGACAGCUAAUACGGACACUGAACGGGAAUGUUGUUUAAGUUCAACUCGUUAUGAGGUCGACUCUUUUCCAUACAGCAACAACAUAUCUUGCGUUGUUACACACAAAGCUAAUACUUCUGGUUGUCCUACCAACGUUUUACGGAGCAAAAAACUUCGCAAACUGCUUUUACUUCAGCGAAACAGACAGAAAAAUUUGUUUCCUACGGUUUUUCCCAGCUCAGGCGUUGUGCUGAGUCAGAACGACUGCGGCAAAAAGUUUAUACACCUCAAACUGCCUAGAUGUGGAAUCGACCGAAACCCUUUGCCCUCGUAA